GAAAGAAAGCUGACAAUGGAGGAAGAGGAAGCCAAACGUAUUGCAGAAAUGGGAAAACCAAUACUGGGUGAACAUCCAAAACUGGAGGUCAUCAUAGAAGAGUCCUAUGAAUUCAAGAGUACAGUGGACAAGCUCAUCAAGAAGACAAACUUGGCUUUGGUAGUAGGAACUCAUUCAUGGAGAGACCAGUUCAUGGAAGCCAUUACUGUCAGUGCAGCAGGUGAUGAAGAUGAGGAUGAGACUGGUGAGGAGCGCCUGCCCUCCUGUUUUGAUUAUGUCAUGCAUUUCCUGACUGUCUUCUGGAAAGUGCUCUUUGCCUGUGUGCCCCCAACAGGGUAUUGCAAUGGCUGGGCCUGCUUCGUUGUGUCCAUCCUGAUCAUUGGUAUGCUCACCGCCAUCAUUGGAGAUCUGGCCUCCCACUUUGGCUGCACAAUUGGACUCAAGGAUUCUGUGACUGCCGUGGUCUUUGUGGCCUUUGGCACUUCAGUCCCAGACACUUUUGCUAGCAAAGCAGCCGCUGUUCAAGAUGUUCAUGCAGAUGCUUCCAUUGGCAAUGUCACAGGCAGCAAUGCAGUCAACGUCUUCUUGGGCAUCGGACUGGCAUGGUCAGUAGCCGCCAUCUACUGGGCUUCUCAAGGAGAGGAGUUCCAUGUGUCAGCAGGCACUCUUGCCUUCUCCGUAACGCUGUUCACCAUUUUUGCUUUCGUCUGCAUCAGCGUGCUAUUGUACCGAAGACGGCCUCAUCUUGGAGGGGAACUAGGAGGCCCCAAAGGAUGCAGACUUGCCACAACUUUGCUUUUUGUGAGUCUGUGGCUACUGUACAUUUUAUUUGCUACCCUGGAGGCCUAUUGCUACAUCAAAGGGUUCUAA